CCAACUGGUUUGCAUCCACUCCGAGCUAUGGCGUUCGCCAACUGCUAACACACUCUCUCCUUCUAUCUCCCUCUCUCUCUCUCACUCCCAAUCCUGAAAUGGAUCCGACCCCCACCACCCGCCGGACCCGGAAAACUCCACCCAAACCCGAUUACUCAACCGUAGUCAUCCAUGACGACGAUGGCUCCAACUCAGAAUCCGAACGUCGGAGCAAACCCAAGAGCUCCGACCCGGAAACCGACCUCUACGCCACAAUGGUCUACAAGGGUAAUGCCGACGAAGACGAAGACGAAGAUGACGACGCCUCUCUUCCUCCGCUCCUCAAACGCCUCCCCAAGGACUUCGGCGGCGGAGCUCCCAUCGAUUACUUCGAUGACGAGGAGGAAGACGAAAAUGGCGGCGAUUUCGGCACAAUGAUCGUCAAGCCCGAUCGGAAUCGGGCCACGAGGAGGUCGCGCGACUUCAAGCGGGCGUCUUUCGACGAUGGCGGAGACGGCGAUGGGUUCUCGACCUUUGUGGUGAGGCCGUCGAGUGAGAGAGAGUCUGUUAGCGGGACCGUGGUGAGGAGGACAAGCAGCGGCGUUGGUUCGACGAUGAGUAGGGCAGUGGCAAGCAUGCAGGCCUCGUCGGAGUCAGGCUUUGGGAAGCAGAGGAGGGGCAGUGGGUCGUCGCAGGGCGAAGAGUAUCGCCAAACCACUAAAAUGUCUUCGAGUUCGAUACCCGAUAGCAUUACCAGAGAAGACCCUACUGUGAAGUACGACCUGCUCAAUGAGCUUGGGAAGGGGUCUUAUGGCGCUGUUUAUAAAGCUAGGGAUAUUAAGACGUCGGAGCUGGUGGCGAUCAAAGUCAUUUCAUUGUCUCAAGGGGAGGAGGGUUAUGAAGAAAUUUGCGGUGAAAUUGAGAUGCUGCAACAAUGUAAUCAUCCGAAUGUGGUUCGGUAUCUGGGGAGCUACCAAGGAGAAGAGUAUCUUUGGAUUGUGAUGGAGUACUGUGGUGGUGGCAGUGUUGCCGACUUGAUGAAUGUUACCGAGGAUGCUCUGGAGGAGUAUCAAAUAGCCUUCAUUUGUAGGGAGGCGUUGAAGGGCCUUGCUUAUCUGCACUCGAUUUUCAAGGUCCACAGAGAUAUUAAGGGUGGUAAUAUUCUGUUAACUGAGCAAGGAGAUGUCAAGUUGGGUGAUUUUGGUGUUGCAGCUCAACUUACAAGAACCAUGUCAAAGCGCAACACGUUCAUUGGCACUCCACAUUGGAUGGCUCCAGAAGUUAUUCAGGAAAGUCGUUAUGAUGGAAAGGUGGAUGUAUGGGCUCUUGGUGUUUCUGCAAUUGAAAUGGCAGAGGGCCUCCCUCCAAGAUCUUCGGUGCAUCCAAUGAGGGUUUUAUUCAUGAUAUCCCUUGAGCCAGCCCCGAUGCUUGAGGAUAAAGAAAAAUGGUCUCUUGUGUUUCAUGAUUUUGUGGCAAAGUCCCUAACUAAAGAACCUCGUCUACGCCCUACUGCAUCUGAGAUGCUGAAGCACAAGUUCAUUGAAAAAUGCAAAUGUGGUCCCUCUGCAAUGUUGGCAAAGAUUGAAAAGGCAAGGCAAGCAAGGGCUUCAAUGGCUUUGCAAGCACAAAAUAUUGCUCCACCUGAACGGGACAAUACAAUUGAAGCUCCCAAAGUCAAUGAGGAUUAUGGAGAUACUGUCCCUUCAAGGCCACUUCAAGGAGAAAAUGAAGUAUCUUCAGGUAGCACAUUGAGGAAGCAGCACAUAUCUGGUGAUGUGGGAAUGGCUGGGGAAGGUAACUUUGGCACUUUUAUUAUUCAUGAGGGGGAUGAAAGAGAUGAGAUCUCUAGCGAGACAGAGAGUUUUAGUGCCAAAGAACCUUCACCUGCUCCUGGAUUUCCUGAAAGCUCUUCCAAUACUGGCGCAGGAGGCAAAUUGCCCGAACCCAGGGAGGAAAAUUCAAGUGGUAUUACCCAAAACAGCAGUCCAGUUGCGCACACUCUACGGGCAUCUGAGCCGAGCCUAAAGACAAAGGGCAUAUCUCAAGUCCAGGUUGGAGGCCCAAGCAGUAUAAGCAGUGGCACGGUAAAGAAUGAAACUGUCAGCCGGAAAGCUUUUGCAAUGCAAGAUAAGCUUUGGUCCAUAUAUGCAGCUGGUAAUACAGUGCCUAUACCAUUUUUGAGGGCAACCGAUAUAUCCCCCAUUGCUCUCUUAUCAGACAAUGUUCUUGGAGGCAUGCAUCAAGAUAACAGUGGAACUGUAGCCAUGGAGGCACUACAGGAGCUUUUUACUGGUGAUGGACAGUCUAAGAAGGGACGAAGAGGGCAAAACGAGAUGCCCCUCCCUCCAAGUGUUUACAAAAGGCUCUUUACAAGUCCAACUCUAAUGAAUCUGGCACAAGCAUUAGCCUACCACAAGAUGUGCUACGAAGAUAUGCCGCUCCAAGAAAUGCAAGCAACUCAGGAACAACAGACUAUUCAAAAUCUUUGUGAUACACUAAGAACCAUUCUUAGAUUGUAGGUGGAAAAUGUAGCUGCCAAAGUGUAAUUUUGUUUACUUUCAAUAAUCUAUGUCGCUGUCGCAAUGGCGUAUUUUUUAAGCCAAGGAAGGAGUUGUGCCCGGUUAACGGGAGGUAGGUUUAGUUGCGGUCUACCUACUGCAAUGUCGGUUCCGAUGGGUAUGCCCCGGUAUAAAUUCCAUCAAGUACAUAACUUAUCAGUUGGUAGUUUUUUGUGAGUUUGUAAAUUAUGCUCUACCUUGUACAUUACACCCAGAUGAAUCAUUUUUGUAAGUGGUUUUUUGCUC